GGGAACUCGAGGCCCGAGGGCAAUGCGGCUGCAGGCGGAGGGAACGGCGGCUGGAGCUGCCGGACUUUAAUUUUUGGAAGCGAAUACACUUAUUUUGAAAGACAAGAUGACUACAGCUGUAGAAAGAAAGUAUGUUAAUAUUAGAAAAAGACUGGAUCAGCUGGGAUACCGCCAGACUCUGACAGUGGAGUGUUUACCUUUGGUAGAAAAACUUUUCAGUGACUUAGUUCAUACAACAGAGAGCCUUCGGCAAUCAAAAUUAUCUGCUGUGAAAGCUGAAAAAGAAAGUGCCAAUUUUGAUUUUGUUUUGGAACCCUAUAAACUUGAAAAUGCAAGAUUGAGUAGAGAAAAUAAUGAAUUGUACCUAGAGUUAAUGAAACUGAGAGAACACUCAGACCAACACAUUAAAGAAUUGAAAACUUCAUUGAAGAAGUGUGCACGUGAAACAUCUGAUCUGAAAUUUCUAAAUAACCAGUAUGUUCAUAAACUCAAACUAUUGGAGAAAGAGAGCAAAGCUAAGAAUGAAAGAAUUCAACAACUUCAAGAAAAGAAUUUGCAUGCUGUAGUACAAACUCCAGGUGGCAAAAAAAGAAGUAUUGCUUUCAGGCGCCAGCGUAUGCAAAUUGAUGAACCAGUUCCUCCCUCUGAAGUCAGUUCGUAUCCAGUUCCGCAACCAGAUGACCCUUACAUUGCAGACCUCCUGCAAGUGGCUGAUAACAGGAUUCAAGAACUUCAACAGGAAGUGCAACAGCUACAAGAAAAGUUAGCGGUGAUGGAAAGUGGGGUGAGAGAUUAUAGCAAGCAGAUCGAGCUAAGAGAGCGAGAGAUAGAACGAUUGUCAGUUGCCUUGGAUGGUGGUCGCUCUCCUGAUGUCCUCUCUCUGGAGUCUAGAAAUAAGACCAAUGAAAAGCUUAUUGCUCAGUUAAAUAUUCAGGUUGACUUUCUUCAGCAAGCUAAUAAAGACCUGGAGAAGCAUAUACAAGAGCUCAUGGAAACCAAGGAAACAGUGACAUCUGAAGUUGUUAAUUUAAGUAACAAAAAUGAAAAGCUCUGCCAAGAAUUAACUGAAAUAGAUCAGUUAGCGCAGCAGUUGGAAAGACAUAAAGAAGAAGUGCUUGAGACUGCUGAUAAAGAGCUUGGGGAAGCAAAGAAAGAGAUUAAAAGAAAGCUCUCUGAAAUGCGGGAUCUUGAAGAAACAAUGGCAAAACUUCAACUGGAAUUGAACUUAUGCCAUAAAGAAAAGGAGAGACUGAGUGAUGAACUCCUUGUAAAAUCAGAUCUAGAAACUGUUGUUCAUCAGCUUGAACAAGAAAAGCAAAGACUUAGCAAAAAAGUUGAAAAUUUUGCAGUUACAGAAAGAGAACUUACUUUGGAAGUUGAGAGGAUGAGACUAGAACAUGGAAUAAAACGUCGAGACAGGUCACCUUCUCGUUUAGAUACAUUUCUGAAAGGUAUAGAAGAAGAACGAGAUUAUUAUAAGAAAGAGCUAGAGAGACUUCAACAUAUAAUACAGCGAAGAUCUUGCUCUGCAAAUUAUAACGCACGUGAAAAAAGUUCAAUAUUUAGAACACCAGAAAAGGGUGAUUACAAUUCAGAAAUUCAUCAGAUCACAAGAGAAAGAGAUGAACUUCAACGUAUGCUAGAAAGAUUUGAAAAAUAUAUGGAGGAUAUACAAUCCAAUGUUAAAUUACUGACGGCAGAAAGAGAUAAACUAAGUGUCUUAUAUAAUGAAGCUCAGGAAGAAUUAUCCGCCCUAAGACAGGAAUCCACCCAAACCACAACACCCCAUAAUAUUGUUAGUCUUAUGGAAAAGGAAAAAGAACUUGCGUUAUCUGACUUAAGAAGAAUUAUGACAGAAAAGGAAGCUUUAAAAGAAAAAUUAGAGCAUAUUGAGGAAAUGGGUCUUUAUGGAAAAUCAGAAUUAGAGAAAACUAUUGAACAUUUGACAUGUGUUAAUCAUCAGCUUGAAAGUGAAAAAUACGAAUUAAAGUCUAAAGUGUUAAUAAUGAAAGAAACAAUAGAGUCGUUAGAGAACAAAUUAAAAGUCCAAGCUCAAAAAUUUAGCCAUGUGGCUGGUGACUCAUCUCAUCAGAAAACGGAGGUGAACUCACUUAGGAUGGUGAAUGAGCAGCUACAACGGUCGCUUGAUGACUGUCAGCACCGACUUUCCAUAAAAAGGAGUGAACUUGACUCAGCCCAAGCACAAAUUAAAAUACUGGAGGAAAAAAUAGAUGAACUAAACCUUAAGAUGACUUCACAGGAUGAGGAGGCUCAUGUAAUGAAAAAGACGAUUGGUGUUAUUGAUAAAGAAAAAGACUUUCUCCAGGAUACUGUAGAUGAGAAGACAGAAAAGAUCGCAAAUUUGCAAGAAAACCUAGCUAAUAAAGAAAAAGCUGUUGCUCAUAUGAAGAUAAUGGUCUCAGAGUGUGAAUCAUCUAUGAACCAGCUAAAGGAAACAUUGACUAAUCGAGAUCGUGAGAUAAACAGUCUCCGGCGCCAGCUUGAUGCAUCUCACAAAGAACUUGAUGAAGUAGGAAGAUCUAGAGAAAUCGCUUUUAAGGAAAACAGAAGAUUGCAGGAUGAUCUGGUUACAAUGGCAAGAGAAAACCAAGAAAUCUCACUGGAAUUGGAAGCAGCAGUGCAAGAAAAAGAAGAAAUGAAGAGCAGAGUUCAUAAAUACAUAACAGAGGUGUCACGAUGGGAGAGCUUAAUGGCUGCUAAGGAAAAAGAAAAUCAAGAUUUGUUAGACAGAUUUCAGAUGGUUCAUAACCGUGCUGAAGACUGGGAGGUCAAAGCCCAUCAAGCUGAGGGAGAAAGCAGCUCAGUUCGACUGGAACUUCUUUCUAUUGACACUGAGAGGAGACAUCUUCGAGAAAGAGUGGAGCUGUUAGAAAAAGAAAUUCAAGAGCACAUAAAUGCCCAUCAUGCUUAUGAAUCUCAGAUCUCAUCAAUGGCAAAAGCCAUGUCUCGAUUAGAAGAAGAGCUGAGACGUCAAGAAGAGGAGAAAGUGACAGUAUUAAAUGACUUGUCAUCUCUUAGAGAACUUUGCAUUAAACUUGAUUCAGGCAAAGAUAUUAUGACCCAGCAACUGAAUUCCAAAAACCUUGAGUUUGAGAGGGUUAUGGUGGAAUUAGAAAAUGUAAAGUCAGAGUCAGACCUGUUGAAAAAACAACUGUCAAAUGAGAGACAUACAGUUAAAAAUCUUGAAUCAUUGUUGGCUACAAACAGAGAUAAAGAAUUUCAUUCUCACUUAACCUCCCAUGAGAAGGAUACAGAAAUCCAGCUACUUAAAGAGAAAUUAACCCUUUCUGAAAGCAAAUUGACUAGUCAAAGCCGGGAAAACACCAUGCUUCGAGCUAAAGUGGCACAGUUACAAACAGAUUAUGAUGCUCAGAAAAGACAGAUCUCAACUGAGAGAUACGAACGAGAACGAGCAAUCCAAGAGAUGCGUCGACAUGGUCUUCCUACACCACCCCUUAGUUCUACUCUGAGGUCUCCUUCACAUUCUCCUGAACAUAUCAAUGUGUAAUUAUCAGAAAGAAUGGCUUUGAAUGAGUUCUCAUGUGGAUUUUCAAAAGAACAGAACAGUAGUGAAAUAUUUGAAGUACUUGUUUUUGAAAAUCAUGAACAUGGACACAAAUUCUACCUCUGCCAACUUGUAUUUAAAUCAGUGAAUAUUUAUGUUAAAAAGUUUGGUUUAAAAGAACUAUAUAUGUAUAUUUUCAUAUAUAUGAUAGAACAAGAAUAUGUAUUAAUA